AAAGAAAGAAAGAGAAAAAAAAAAAAUCCCCCCAAAUCCCAAGGCCUCCCUCUCCUCUCUCUCUCUCGCUCUCCCCUCCCCGCGCGUCGCUUUCGCCGGACACCACCGCCCCCCGCCGCUUUCCCCUCCUCUCCUCUCCUCGCGUCGCCUCCUUCCUUCCCUUUUUGACCCCCCCAAUUCCCAACUGGGAAUCCCCCCUCGGACGGCGGCGGAAGCGGAAGCAGCAGAGGAGAGCAUCUGGUUCCCCUGCGCUGCCCGCUUUUUGGUGGUGGUGGCGGCGGCCGGCGGCGGAUCGCUGCCUCGCCGUGCCGGUAAGUAAGGAAUCGAGGCUCCUGUUGAGAAACUCUACUACUCCACCAUACAAUUAUGCUAGUUAUAGAACAACCACAUUCUCAUGAUGUACCAUGCAAAGAAGUUCUCUGUACCCUUUGGACCGCAGAGUACACAGAGUAACGAGCAUAUGAGUAAUAUUGGAGCUUUUGGCGGGUCAAACAUGGGCAGCCCUGCUAAUCCUGCAGGGAGUGGGAAACAACGGCUACGUUGGACCUCAGAUCUCCAUAACCGCUUUGUGGAUGCUAUUGCUCAGCUUGGUGGACCUGAUAGAGCAACACCUAAAGGGGUUCUCACUGUAAUGGGUGUUCCUGGGAUCACAAUUUAUCAUGUGAAGAGCCAUUUGCAGAAAUAUCGCCUUGCAAAGUACAUACCAGAAUCUCCUGCUGAAGGCUCAAAAGACGAAAAGAAGGAUUCUAGCGAUUCCCUCUCUAACACAGAUUCUGCACCAGGAAUGCAAAUCAAUGAAGCUUUGAAGAUGCAAAUGGAGGUCCAGAAGCGACUCCAUGAACAACUUGAGGUGCAAAGGCAGCUGCAGCUGAGAAUUGAAGCACAAGGGAAGUACUUGCAGAUGAUCAUAGAGGAGCAGCAAAAGCUCGGUGGAUCACUCAAAGCUUGUGAGGAGCAGAAGCUACCGCAUUCACCACCAAGCUUAGAUGACUACCCAGAUAGCAUGCAGCCAUCUCCAAAGAAACCCAAGAUGGACAACCUGUCACCUGAUUCGGUACGGGAUGUGACACAGUCAGAUUUUGAAUCCCAUUUGAUUGGUCCUUGGGAUCAAGAGGCUGCAUUCCGAGUGGAUGAAUUUAAAGCUGACCCUGGUCUGAACAAAUCAUAAAGCAAAACCUCACUCAUCGGAAAUUCUUGAUCCAAGAUGUUAACCUCCACUGCGGGCCGAUCGCAUGUGAAUAUAUAUCCUCUUAACAACAGAGCGAGCCUUGUAAGGAUCUUUGGAUCCACAUCUGAUUCCUUCACCACGGCCAGGUGUUGUCGUCACUGUAGUAUUCAUCAUCAUCAUACAGCUCUUGUAAUUAUCAGGAUGUCCUAAAAGCCCUAGCAAGCAAUUUUCCUUCUUUUGAAGGGAAAUUGCCCUGAGUUGAAUCAUGUAGCCAGAAAGAGUACACAUUUACACGCAAUACAUUUGCUGUGAAGAGGGUGUGCCUCCCUGAAGUUAUAUGUGAA